GGAGAAACUGUUGUUCCGUCGCUGCUUGGUUCCGACGUACGUACCAAAAAUGGCGUCCGCAGCGCUGAAGGUUGCAGUGACAGGUCUCUCCAGAUGUUCUCGCCUGUCUCUGCUGAGGACACACUCAACAACGGCAAACCUCGGGCAGGGCGUUCCUGGAUCCCUAUGGAAGCUGGGGAGGUUGAACCACAUUGCCAUCGCUGUGCCUGACAUGGAGAAGGCCACAGCUCUGUAUAGGGACGUGCUGGGGGCCACGGUGAGCGACAUGGUGCCCCUGCCUGAGCACGGCGUCUACACCGUGUUUGUGGAGCUUGGCAACACGAAGCUGGAGCUGCUCCAUCCUCUCGGGGAGAAGAGCCCAAUCGCUGGGUUCUUGCAAAAGAACAAGUCCGGAGGAAUGCACCACAUUUGUAUUGAGGUGGACAACAUCAGCGCCGCAAUAGCCGACCUGAAAGCGAAGAGCAUCAGAACUCUGUCAGCAGAGCCCAGAAUAGGUGCUCAUGGGAAACCUGUGAUGUUUCUUCACCCUAAAGACUGUGACGGCGUCCUGGUGGAGCUUGAAGAAGCGUGAAACAUGUGCUGUCGAUUCACAUGUCUCCACUAAUAGUGUUCCUUAGCUCACUUUUGUUCAGAAAAGGUGCCUCAAAGGUGUUUCACACUGAAUAAAUUCUACUGUGGUGUGUUCUGAUGAGUAAAGUGUGUUUGCAAUCAUUGUUUCUAGAGAAGUGUACGGUUCGUGUUUUUGGCAGACGUUGAAUAUUCUACCCCCCAAUAUGUUCAUAUAGGUGUAAAAUCCCUUAAAACAAUGUGUUUGUUUGUCUGUAGCUUUAGAAUAAGCCUUUUAUAUGUACUUUAAGCAAGGGCAUUGCUUUGCUGCUCACUGCUUGUGUAUGUGUUUACGACUGGUGUGUAAUCAGGAUGGGUUAAAUGCAGGUCAAAUUCAAUACCACUCAUUUGUGUGUGUGUGUGUGCGAAAAUAAUUAAUUGUAGUUCCCCGAUGGGCUGGCUUGGGAAUGAUGGUGCCAAUUCAGACACGUUGAACCUUUAAGUGUCCUAUGACACACCUGUGGUACAACGGCCACCUACGAUAGUCAGUGGGUCCUGGAGGAAAGAUGGAGUAAAAUAAGACUUGUUUAAAGUUUUUGUAAUCAUGUCUGAUACAAUUUACCCCGACUGAUGUAUAUUUGUUCAACAACGUCAAAAUAAUUUGAAAUUUCAAAAUGAAGGGCUAAUUUAGACAUCGAUUAUGUCAUCUUUUGGAUAUAUUAUUCCUGUUUAAGUUUGAAAAUAGCAUUUAUUAAAAGAAAAAUAAAUUAAUAAACCAGAUCUAAACACACAA